AUAGCAGUUUAGAGGGGUUCCCCUAUCCUUCAAAUACAAAUGCAGAAGACUUGUAAAACAAGAAUUGUCUCUCUUUCUGUCUCUUUACUAACAAUUUCUUUCAUUAUAAAUUCAAUAUGCUAACAAGACUUGAGUUAUUUUUGCUGUACAUCUGGAAUCUGCGUUUAAGACGUUUUUGUCUUUUGCUUUACGGCUUAACCUUUGGAAUAAUUUUACCAAUUUUGUUGUUCAAUUUACAAUAUUCUUUUUACCACCUGCAAAUAUUUUCUGACCAAAAGUCAAGGGAUCUCGAAAAUGAGAAUACAAAGAGGCUUAAAGAUUCAUACAAGUUCCUUGAAAAUAUUAACUCGUUUCAGCUUCACGGCUUAUUAGAUGCAACAGGGAGGCAUGGGUUGUCCACAGACGUAGGUAUAACAAUCAUAACCGUUGCAAGAAAUAGUCAUCAUCAAAUCGGAAAAUAUGAACCAAAGUACUUAACACAAGUGGUAGCUAAAUAUCUGCAAUUGCUACAAGAUGCUAAACAGGAAAGUGAUUGAAAGUCAUUAGUUUUUCAUGUAUUAACUUAAUAUUAUAUCAUUCAAAUAUAUCAUUUUUCUUCAAUCACUUUUCUGUCUCUGCAGCAGAAAGACUUUAAUUUGAAUAUCAAUAUAACUAUAUGUAACGUGGAUAUGGACCCGGAAAAUUAUAAGGAUGUUCAGAUGUUAUCUAACUAUGUGAAUGUGAUAUCGAGGUUUUCACACCUUAACCUUUCUCUGAAACACAUCUUAGAGAAAGAGAAAGAAGAUUAUGCGUUUUGUUUAAAUUCAGCUUUAAAAACUUCUGCAAAGUAUGUCCUUCUUGCAGAAGAUGAUGCUUAUCCCCUAGAUCACUUCUUACCUGUUCUGGAUUACACUAUUAAAUACCGUUAUAACUUUAGUUUUUCGCUGGGAGAACUUGUUAAAUCUGAUGAUAGAUUAGCAUUUAUUAAAUUGUAUCAUCCAGACAGAAUAUUAAAUUAUUUGAAUGCUUAUGAACCAGACAGAUUGCCUGAACUGCUAGCAGCAGGCUUAUUUAUUUCUGCGAUUAUAACGCUAAUAACUAAGCGAUAUUUUAAGCAAUCAAAUAUCAAAACAAUUUACAUAUUUUGGACUUUUUAUUCAAUGCUGGUGCUACUGUGCAUUGGGAGAGCUAAUUUACUGGAACUUCUAAGGAUACAUCCUCAGUUUUAUAGGUUUGUUAAAUCACCAAGCUGUUGUACACCUGCUUUACUAUUCAGUCGAGCAGGUGGAAAGGCCCUUGUUCAAUUCCUCCAAAAUGUCAAAUGUGGCCUCUCUUAUCCAAAAGAUAAGGCUAUAGCCGACUUUCUGGAGAGAGAAAAUUGGAAAGCAAAACUAGUUAGCCCAAAUGUUUUUCUGCACAUUGGGCAAUACUCAUCUUUGGGCGAGAAAAAAGUUAAUCCGUAUUUGGUAUGA